AUGGAAAAGCGAUCCAUCGACUUUUCUCCCACUCGCGCUUCAAAGCGUCCGAACCCCUCAAACCCCAUCAGAGGCAAACCUUUCCGAAUCAGCGAUCUAAAAGAGGGUGAGACAUUCUACCAGGCAUGCAUUCUGGUCUCUGGGGAUUGUGGUUAUUCCUGGGAUAAAGCCGAUAAAAACACCUACAUAUCAGUUGCAGUAACUGAUUCUCUUCUCUGCAUCGAACCCAGCCAAGCACACAUUGGCCACAUCAUAUAG